UUCCGGCCGGUACGGCUCGGCGCGUGCGGCCUCGGUCCGGUUGACUUUGCGGAGCCAUGGAGGGCGGCUUUGGCUCGGAUUUCGGGGGCUCCGGGGGCGGCAAGCUGGACCCGGGGCUCAUCAUGGAGCAGGUGAAGGUGCAGAUCGCCGUGGCCAAUGCGCAGGAGCUGCUGCAGAGGAUGACGGACAAGUGCUUCCGGAAGUGCAUCGGGAAGCCGGGCGGCGCGCUGGACAAUUCGGAGCAGAAGUGCAUCGCCAUGUGCAUGGACCGCUACAUGGACGCCUGGAACACCGUGUCCCGCGCCUACAACUCCAGGCUGCAGCGGGAGCGAGCCAACAUGUGACCGCGGGAGCGCCUCCAGCAGUUGCCCCCACCCCACACCCCCGUUUCAUCUCCAUAAAUGUCUGUUGUGAGGCGAGGACCAGCGUGUGCCCUUGGUGUGCCCUACUGCUGGGACAGUUGUGAUUCAGCCGGCCGCCCAAACCUGCCAGCCAGCGUAGCUUGGGUCUUGGGAGGCCCUGGAACUUUCAAAAGUGCUAGCUGCCUGGCAGGACCUCCCCUGGUGUGCCCAGGUCAACCUCGGACCCUGGGUAUUGAAUGGGUGAGGGACGGGGGACUGUGCUCAUACCCCACCAGGGCUGUGAAGUCCUGGGGCAAAUAAAUUAUGGAGGACAGGUGGGCAGCGGAACCCUGCGUGUCUUCCCUGCAGGGGGUAUCUGGGAAGAGGUGUCCUUUGAAUCUGGGUUCAUCUGACUGAGCCUCUUCCGCCCCUCAUCCUCUGCCCAGCUCUGGACCCCUGGCGUAGGUGGUCCUCUCUCUGACAUGGAGGUACAGAGCCAGCGUGUGAGGAACCAGGGGCUGUGUUUAUUGCAACAAAAUAUUCAGUAAACCAUUUGCAGCCCCAUGUCCCACCCGCCACCUGAACUCCCCCUCUGGGACUGGCCGCGGCUCCUGCUGCCUUUGCAUCUCUGGUCCUGAGUCUGGGCGGCCACGUGGUGGUCAUUCCUGGAUGUUCUGCCCAAUCCAGCCCCGCACAGCAGCCACCCGGGUAUAGACACCAGGGAAAUGAGGCCGGCCGCAGCCAUAACCCCAGCUGGUGACCCCGGUUAGCACCCACCGGCCAGAAGGCUCCCUACAGGCCAGGGGCCCCCCGGCAUCACCCUGAGAGGAGAGAGGAAAGGCUCUUAGAGUAGGCCAGCGACUCCCCCACAGCAGUCUGGGACCAGGGAGUGUUGCCCGGGGUUCCCCCGGCUGGCAGACAUGGACGCCAGCCAGCGGGCCCCUGACCAAAGAGGGCUCGCUGCAGCCACUGCUUGCUGUGUCGUAUCCCCUCGAGAGGCCAGAAGAGACUGCACUGGGGGAAACCCAGGGUGGGUGCCCAAUAAAUGGUUAUCUGUACAGUGAAUUUCCCUCCAAGGCUUAAACGGUGAGCUGCUUGAUUCACCUGGAGAAGCUGGCACCGAGGACAGGGCCCAGCUGAGGGCUUUGGAGCAGGGAACCUCGCCCUCCCAGGGUGGCCUGAUCAAACCCAUUUCAUUUGCCAAGUGCGCCUCCAGACCCCGGCCUUGGAAGGGCAGGGUAGGGUCUCACCGAGCAGCUGUCCACGCCGCCGAGCGGGAAGCCUGCACACAGCAUGCGGCUGCUGAUCUGCACCGGGUAGAAGCGACGGCAGGUCUGCUCGCUGAGGAGGCGCACGGCGGCCUUCUGCAGCUGCCGCGCCAUUGAGCCUGCGGAGGAGACGGGCAAGCUGAGAUGUGUGCCCUGCAGAACCCCCUGGAUGAUCUCCCCACCUCUCCUGGAGGCCCUUCCUCAUGCCCCUGGGUCCCCACCCCAGGGUGCCCCGGCCCUGCUGCACCUACCUCCCUCUCUCACUGAGCCCCAGCCUGUGAUGACGCAGCGUGUGCCAUCGGGGGGCCGAGGUACCGGUUCUGGCAGGCAGAUGGGCCGCACCAGGCUGCUGCGGCGCACCGGCCCUGCCAGCUCUAGCAGCGCCACAUCGUAGUCCAGCGUGUAGAGGUUGUAGAAGGGGUGCUUGUAGAUGCCCGCCACGCGCUCCAGCUGCCCGUCUGUGCCGCUUAGGAACGGCGUGCCCAGGAAAGCCACCCACUGCUUGGGGUCCCCAUAGC